GAAGUGAAGGAGUCACGAUGGAAACCGAGGAGAAGCCGAAAGAAGCCGAAUCACUUGGCGAAGACGUCGAGAAAGCCGAAGCCACGUCUGAAACGGAUGCAGGAAAUGCCACAACUCAGGACUCUAGUAUUAGCAAUGGCGACGAUGCAGAUGACAAGCAGGAGACGGUGGAUCUGAAGAUUAUCUGGAACAAGAACAAAUACGAUCUGAAAAUUCCCGUCGACAGCACCGGAGCCAAACUAAAAGAGAGGAUUCACUCGCUCACUGGUCUUCCACCAGCAAUGCAGAAAGUGAUGUACAAAGGAUUGCUUCCAGAGGACAAGACGCUACGUSAAAUAAAAGUUACAAGUGGUGCAAAAAUAAUGGUGGUAGGAUCCACGAUAAACGAUGUAUUAGCUGUCAACACGCCGAAAGAGGUCGUCCAGCAAGAAGUUAAAGCUGAGGAAAACAAGAAAGAACCUUUAUGCAGGCAAAAGCAACACAGGAAAGUAUUAGACAAAGGUAAACCAGAAGACAUUAUGCCAGCGAUUAAAGGAGCAAAGGAACGAUUGCCAACUGUGCCUUUAUCUGGAAUGUUUAACAAGUCUGGAGGAAAAGUAAGACUCACAUUCAAACUGGAGCAAGAUCAAUUAUGGAUUGGAACAAAAGAGAGAACAGAAAAAGUCCCAAUGGGCUCCAUAAAAAACGUAGUGUCUGAACCCAUCGAAGGCCAUGAGGACUAUCACAUGAUGGCUUUUCAGUUGGGUCCAACAGAAGCUUCUCAGUAUUGGGUCUACUGGGUGCCUGCACAGUUUGUCGAUGCAAUCAAAGACACAGUCCUUGGAAAAUGGCAGUAUUUCUAAUGUGCCUCUUUUGACAAUGACGAACUGGGAUUGAGAAGAGGGGCAAACGAAAAGUGAAACUGGAGACGACGAGA